AUGAAGAACCGACCUUGUCAAAGCCUCUCAGAGUUGGGUCAGUCACUUCAGCAGAAAGGGGUGAAAGGCUACCUAGGGUCUCUCGUAUGCUACGCAGGUUCUGUUCUUAAAAGAGCCGUUGUUCACACAGGUGCUGAUCAUCCCAAAAACUCCCUGUGGCCCAGGAGUUCAGGUACCACGGUAAUACAUUUAAGCUCCUCCACCAACAGCUCAACCUGCAGGUGCCAGACCCUCCCGGGCAGGCAGCAGGCACGCCAACAGCUCGGGCAGCCGCUGCCAUCCUGUGGAUCCUUCUUACCCCCAGCUUUGCAUUUACAGAAAACGAGGAGCCGCCUCGAACCUCUCGGUAACGCCACUGUGGCUGGCAAACGAGCUCCCAGGGAGACUCGUCCGAGCUUUCCCUGCCGGGUUUCACCUCACCAGGCGCGGCACCGACACCCAGCAGCCCGACGCGGUGCGUUUGCUACGGGAAGCCGGUGCCAGGAAGCACCACCGUGCGUUCCUCGGGAAGAUGCGUUCUGCACCUGCCAUCCCAAAUGCCACUUCGGAGAGGCCCGAGGGUUUCUCACAGGGCUCCGGUCGAGAGGAGCCGCCAUUUGCCAGGAGCACCGCGGCGGGGUGAGCCUCGGGGGGGCCGGGGAAGCGGUCACACAACUCCCACCACCACCACCACCCCCCGCGGCAGGCGGCAGGCGGCAGCGUCAAAGCCUCUCGUUUCUUGUGCUGAGCCUCAUCUGUGCCAUUUGGCCCAAGUGUAACCUGUCAUUGUUGUGCUGUCUUGCAGAUAACUUCCUUUUUAGUGAUGAAAUCAUAGCCAAUGGUUUUCACUCCUGUGAUAGUGAUGAAGAUGACAGAGCUUCACAUGCAAGUUCUAGCGAUUGGACCCCAAGACCGCGUAUAGGUCCCUACACUUUUGUUCAGCAGCAUCUCAUGUUAGGUACAGACCCACGGACAAUUCUGAAAGACCUGCUACCAGAAACAAUCCCUCCACCCGAACUGGAUGAUAUGACACUGUGGCAAAUUGUUAUAAACAUUCUUUCAGAACCACCAAAAAGAAAAAAGCGAAAAGAUAUUAAUACUAUUGAUGAUGCUGUGAAACUUUUACAAGAAUGCAAAAAAAUAAUGGUCUUGACAGGAGCUGGGGUGUCUGUGUCUUGUGGAAUACCUGACUUUAGAUCAAGAGAUGGCAUCUAUGCACGCCUUGCUGUAGACUUCCCAGACCUUCCAGAUCCUCAAGCAAUGUUUGAUAUAGAAUACUUCAGAAAGGAUCCCAGGCCAUUUUUUAAGUUUGCAAAGGAAAUCUAUCCAGGACAAUUCCAGCCAUCUCUCUGUCACAAGUUCAUAGCUUUGAUGGAUAAAGAAGGAAAACUACUUCGCAACUAUACUCAGAACAUAGACACAUUGGAACAGGUUGCAGGAAUCCAAAGGAUAAUACAGUGUCAUGGUUCCUUUGCAACAGCUUCCUGCCUGAUCUGUAAAUACAAAGUUGAUUGUGAAGUUGUUCGAGGAGAUAUUUUCAAUCAGGUUGUACCUAGAUGUCCUAGAUGUCCACCUGAUGAACCGCUCGCUAUCAUGAAGCCAGACAUAGUGUUCUUUGGAGAGAACUUACCUGAGCAGUUCCAUCGUGCCAUGAAGUACGACAAAAAUGAAGUCGAUCUCCUUAUUGUCAUUGGGUCUUCACUGAAAGUAAGACCAGUAGCAUUGAUUCCAAGUUCCAUCCCCCACGAAGUGCCUCAGAUCUUAAUUAACAGGGAACCUUUGCCUCAUCUACACUUUGACGUGGAGCUUCUUGGAGACUGUGAUGUUAUUAUUAAUGAAUUAUGUCAAAGGCUAGGUAGUGAAUAUACAAAGCUUUGCUACAACUCGGUGAAACUUUCAGAAAUAACAGAAAAGCCUCCACGAACGCACAAGGAGCUUGAAAUGCACUCGUCAGAGCUACCGCCUACCCCUUUAAACAUUUCAGAAGACUCUAGUUCACCAGAAAGAAUGACUCCACCAGAUACUUCAGUGGUGUCUUCAGAACAGCCAGCUGAAUGUAAGGUAGAAAACUGUGAUCCUGUCUCAGAAACUAAAGGGACCUGCACAGAGGAAAAGUUUCAGGACACAGAGACAUCAUCAGAAAAUCCUGAAAAUCCUACUAGUGAACUAAUGAACUCUGAAACAAUGAAGGAAAAUGGAUCUAACAGUGAAAAUAAAGAAAAAAAUGAAAUAUUGAAGAAGUGCUGGGUAAACAGAUCUGCAAAAGAACAGAUUAGCAAAAGGCUGGAUGGUACUCAGUAUCUGUUUUUACCACCAAAUCGCUAUAUUUUCCAUGGUGCUGAGGUAUACUCAGAUUCUGAAGAUGAUAUCAUAUCUUCUAGCUCUUGCGGGAGUAGUAGUGAAAGUGGCUCAUGUCGUAGUCAGAGUUUAGAUGUGGAGGAUGAGAGUGAGAUUGAAGAGUUUUACAAUGGCAUAGAGGAUGAGGAUGCUCCUGAAAGGGAAGAGGAACCUGGUUUCGGGGAAGAUGGAGUUGAACAAGAUGAAUCAGCAGCUGAUGAAUCAGCUUAUACAAAUGAAGCUACAGGGACUGAUCAUCCAAGCAACAAGUUGUAAAGCGAUCACUGACUGGUUACAAGAACUUUCCACCAGCAUUAGGAGCUUUGGCAUGUCAGAAUGAAUGUUUACGUCUGAAUUUAGAGCAACAAAAAACAUAAGGAUGUAGUGUUUAUAAAUAACUAAAACAGAUUUUCAUGCUUAGUUUUUUACCUUUUUCAAUAAAAUUCUAUUACUGCGCACUCAACACUAACUCAUCUUUUUUUUUUUUUUUUUUAAGGUACUAGGAAUAUCUAAACAAUUGUCACUAUGUUCACUUUUAAGUUCAUCUGUCUGAUCAGGCAUCCAUGUAUAUAAUACAUAUUUUUGCUUAAUGAAUUUCAGCUUAUAUUAUUUUUAAACAGUUUUGAAAAAGCCAUUGGAAUGUUAAACUAAUAUAAAGGGAACAGCUAAUUUAGACCAAAGAAUGGUAUUUUCACACCUCUCGCUUUUAACAGUUUGGUUUAUUUAAAACCUUAUGCUUCUGCUAAACCUUUCAUUCUUGCCUAGUCUGUCAUUAAACACUGGCAUUUUCUAAGACCUACUGUGGCAGCUAAUUUUUUGCUUUAACAGUUACUUUGUAUGUUUGAGACAUACUUAAAUGUGAGUAGAUAGUUAAAUGGAAACAAGACAGUGAGCACUUGAGAAAUCCUGUGUUUUUUAGGCUGAUCAAGAAGUGCUGUGAAAAUGCUUAGGUUACCGAGUUUAAUACUUCCUGUGGACAUGAAGCGAUGUUGACAUUGGCUCCUUAGCAAUUACAAUACUGGUGUUCUAAACAAAAUGGAUCCCCCACACUAGACGUUUUUCACGUGGUAUACAAAAGUCAAAUAUAGUGCAGCUUGCAUUAAAAAUAGCAUUUGAUAAAUUUCCACAGCUCUAAUGUGGAAGCUAGGCUGAUGCAGAAUAGUGUUUCUACCAGCAUGUGAGAAGGCACAAAAAAAAAAGCUCUUCCUUUGUACUCACUGAUGCAACAAAACCAGGAGAAACUAACUCAGAGAGUGAGAGCCUCUGCUUGUACCCUGCUGCGUGGAUGAAACACAGAUGAACGGCCUAACGUGGCAGCAGGCUGGUUUGGGGUCAUGCCUCAGGUUGGGAAAAGCAUUUUCAACCUGCUAGCUCCACCUUGCAUAUUAAAAGCAAAGCAGCUUCUCAAAUUACAACAUUGUAUAUUCAAGUGCUAGGCUGCCUUAAAACUGGAUGUUGCAAAUUUUCAAGUGCGGAUUGUUUCCAAGCCUUUAGAACUAUUUUGUAGAAUUGCACAGUGCAGUAGUAAAUGAAACAGCAUUUUUCUAUAAACCACUUUUUCAACGUUGGCCCAAAUGAACUCUACGAUGUAGAUUAUUCAUAUACUUUGCUUUAAUAUUUAUUACAUUUUGGAAGAUGUAUAGUAGCUGUUCUUUGAACAUGAGAUACAUCAGUUAAUAAAUAUUUAAGAACAGCCUCCUGUAUUCAUCAGAAAAUGUUGGCAUGUUGUCUCAUUGUCCAGAUUUAAUACAGCUCUUAUUUGGCUACACUAAAGAAUGCAAUAUGUUUAGUUUUCACUUGCAUGUCACAAUGUAUUAGUUUGUGCUAUAGGAGAUAUUUUAAAUUGAAAUACUUUGUUUUAAAUUAUUUUUACAGUGAGGAUUGUUUUCUGCUCUUUUAUAUUGUAUAUAGUGUCUUUUAUGUAAUCUACUGGCAUAUGUUUUGUAGAAGACUGUUUAAAAUGACUGGCUAUCUUCCUGCAACUUUUGAAAUACAAAACCAGUGUUUUAUACUUGUACACUCUGUUCUAAAGUCUAUUAAAAUUGUCAUUUGA